CGAUGGUGGUGUUUCUCGGCGGAGCAAAGGCGAUGGACCUGUGCAACGUGACGGAAGAUGGAUUGACGGCGUGCAAGCCGUCGGUGGUGCAGCCUAACCCGGUGGAGCCUUCGCCGGAAUGCUGCGACGCCGUUUCGGGGGCGGAUUUGAAGUGCCUGUGUUCGUAUAAGAACUCGUUUAUGUUGCCUUCUCUUGGGAUUGAUCCUGAUCUUGCCUUGGCACUUCCUGCCAAAUGCAAUAUCCCUAAUCCCACUGAAUGUUAAAUAUUAUCGUUUAAUUUGUUGUUGGUUUCGGUGAAGUUUCAUAAUUAAGAUUUUAAAUAAAAAGUAUAGUUUUUUUUUUUUUUAAUCUAUGGUCUAAAUUUGCGAUAACUUUGUAACGUGUGCUAGAAGAUUAUUUCAUGUAUGUGGAUGACUAUGUGAAAUAAGUUUGGGGAUUAAGAUGUUUGUUGGAUUAUUAUGGUACAAUAAAUGCAACAAAAGUUUUAGUGA